AUGCUCACAGACCUUAGUGACCAUAGACAGGCUUCUACGAGAGGUCUUGCUGACGCGAGUACCGACGCCCGUGCGUCUAAGCGUGCUCGCAACGCAUUUGACUCGUCUUUGGACGCGUCAGGUGCCCCUGAAGAAUUUACUCCGACGCCCAGGAAAACACAUAACAAGAAGCAGCCUCUGUCCUGUGCAGAGUGCCGAAGGUGUUGCGAUCGUGUCUUCCCAUGUCAAUCGUGCUCAAAACGAGGCUGCGCUGAAAUAUGUCCAGAUGGUGCUCUCACAUCUGGAAAGGGCAGCAGGUUUAUUCUUGCCAAUACUGAGCAGCUUCAUGCAAAAAUUAUUCAGAUGAGCGAUCGUAUACGGCAACUUGAAGACGCCUUGGAGACCGUGCAAGCCAAAUGUACAUCUGACCCCCAUCCCCUCUUGCACCAAGAUUCCUUGCGUAUAAAAAAUUCCCUGGAGCUCUAUAGCUCUCAUGCGACCAGUGGACGGCAUCCCCAAAUGGAUGGCAUAAUCAAAGAAAAUCACGCAAGCAAUCUCCAACUCCCUGUUGCCUCAUCUUCAACACGAGAUGUAGACAAGGUUCGGGAUAGCCUAUCGGAGGAAAGGUAUUCUUCAGCAGAAGCUUUGACUUCAGAUGUACCUGGAUUGUCUCCCGAGAUCGAAAAACUCAGUCAAACAUUUCCUUAUCCUUGGUUGCCCAAUAAUCCUAUGAGACAGCGAAUUUACGAGAUGCUGCCGUCUCGGGAAGAGGCGGAGUACCUUUGCACGCAAGCUCGGCUGAACGCUCUAUGGCAGUACAACCUGGAUCCAAGCGAAACUUGGCUCCCGAAUCUAGUUCAUCACGUAUACACCACGCCAAUGUCAAGCCUUUCUUUCCGCCGCCUCUCUCUGCUGUUUAUCAUGAUGGCCAUUGGGUUACUCGUUGAUCUUAACCAACAGAAUGAGUCUCCAAGAGCUGAGGUGUUCCAUCGCCUGGCGCGAGCCUCGUUAUGUGAGACGAAUCUGAUGGACGAACCUAGUUUUGAUCUACUGCAGACUUUGUUUUACAUGAUUUGGUACCUUCUGAUUUUCUCAGACAAGAGUCAAGCUGUAUCAUAUGCAUGGAGUAUCAUGGGACUUGCCGUGAAGCUUGCUCAAAGCUUAGGUCUCCACCGCGAUGGCAAUAGAUGGAAGGCAAUUCCCGAAGAGUCUCAGCGGCGACGAAUGCUGUUCUGGGAACUUCUGAAUUUAGAUGCGCGCCUGUCUUUAUCCCUUGGUCGGCCACCAUCUCUUUGCUUGCAACAUGUCGACUGUCGGCGACCGUCUUAUGUUGCAGAGGGGAUGAACAUCAUCCCUGGAGCUCAGUCAUAUCAUGAGUGGAAGCACGGGUUCUUCCAGCACUGUCUCACACCGGUCUUAGUCACCGCGAUAUCUGCACAACCACAACCAUAUUCUGGUAUUCUGGAUGUUGACAAGAAAAUUCGAGACUUCCACAUCCCUCCAACACUCAAUAUAUUCAACCCAGAGGGCACCAGGAAUAUCCGACAGUUGACUAUGCAGCAAGUGCUAGUAGCUAGCGGGCGAGAAAUCGUCCUACUGCAGCUUCAUAGGAAUUUUUUUACUGAGGCACUUAGUGACUUUGAUGCUUUCACGUAUCGACACAAAUAUGCGCCGUCAGUUCUUGCGACAUACCUUAGUGCCUCCCGCCUCGUUGCCACGUUAGGGACCAUGCUGCAUCGUGAGCCACAGCUGAGCAAGCGGUUCAUGUGUUUCUGGUUUAAUGCAUUCUCUGGUGCGGUUGCAUUAUCAUUGAUUGUUUCCAGAACACCAUUCCUAAGUCUAGCGCCAUACGCGCUGAAGGAGUUAGACAGCGUUUAUCGCAUUUUUGCGAACGUGGCCGAGGAAUGUUCAAAGGUCGCUCAGGCACUGCCUCUACUCACUAAAAUCGUAGAGAAGUCACGUCGGACGUACUUCCAGUGGCUCAAAGCGUCCAGAGAUAGCCCGACCAUGAAUACCGACCAGACGUUUCAAGAGACACCGGCCAGAUCAGCAGUGUGCAGUACUUCAGGGGAUCCGGCGAGCCCUUUUGACGCUGCACACUCGUACUUACAACGCACGCUGCAGGAUAUCGAGACGACUGCUCCACCGGACAUUCAGGAGCUUCCUGCUUACUCGCCUCGGCAACCCAAGCUAGUUCCAAGCUCGGAACGAGCUGGGAAACCUGAAGAGCUGGGCCAUCCUCCUGACCUGUCUACGGACAUGCUGUCACUUGCUUUAGGUUUAAAUGAAGAUCUGGUUGCUGCAACUUUGAGACACAGCUCAGACCCUUCGACCCCUGCGGGCAAUACAGCUCAGAGGGUAGGGAAUCAUACAUUCAACUUCGAUUUUGGUGCGCUGGGUUCAAACGUAGAGAACCAGAAUAACACAUAUAUGUCAUGGUUUUGAUGCUUUGUACUCGAGUUAACUCAAUAAUCUGUACUUACUUAGAUCUGAUUACUUCCUCUGAGAGUCACUCAAAUAAAAACUCCCACGGACCCUUGAUAUUGCU